UAAACAACUCUACAUUACAGACGGAGAAGAGCAGCUUUUUAAACAAUCCUAUGAAAGUGAUUGUUGUGGGAGACUUAGGUGUUGGGAAGACAACUUUAUUGUUGCGCUACACCAACGACAGAGUUGCCUUUGACAACACUUUUGAAACAACACUUACAGUAUACUUCAGCUCAAAGAUAGUUGACGUCUCGGGGGUAAAGGUCAAGCUGCAGCUAUGGGAUACGCAAGGCCAAGAGUACCGUCAAACGAUGGCAAAGGGUCAUUACAGAAAUGCUGUCGGUAUUGUUAUGGUUUUUGACCUGACGAGAAAGUCCAGCUUCGACAACAUCCAACGUUGGUUGAACCAGGUCCACGAACAUGCUGGAGAAGAUGUUGACAUUGUACUGGUCGGCAACAAGCUGGACCUGGUCGAGGGAAGAGCCAUAGACCACGAGACGGCCUCCUCCCUGGCCCAGACCAUUGGGGCCAUGUAUGUCGAGUGUAGCGCUAAAACAGGGGCCAACGUCGACCUGGUGUUCACAUCGCUGGCCAGCAAGUUGGCCAAUCGCGUGCCUGUCCAACAGGAGGAGCCGGUACGUUUACAAUCAGAGACAUUUGUUGAGGUUCCUUGCUUUGGGAAAGAUACAUGUUCGUCAUUCUAAGUCUACGUGAACGUGCCAAAAAAGUUAGAAAUUUGGUAUGGCGCUAACAUCAAUUCACUUGCUAAUUCAAGCCCGACCUUUCGUAAAUAUAUUUUGUUGCAGAUUUACGUGUCCAGGCAAAAUAAUGUGUAGUCCGACAACACAUGGUAUCUUUCAGAUAAUAUUCUCCUGAGGGUAAUGCGCUUGAAAUAUUCUGAGCAGGAGAGGACAUUGGUCAAAGUAUUUAGUUUCUAUUUAAGUUUUUUUUUUCUAUUUUGUUAUGUUGAGGAUGGUUUGACGCGGAUGGUUCACCCUCCAGGGAUGUUCCAUUAAAAAUCAACUACUGCACAUCGAAUACUUUUCAUAAAGAUAAAAAAAAAAUUAAUAAAAAACGUUUUAAUAACAAGCUUUUAUGUAAUAAUGCCCAUACUUUUCAUAAAGAUAAAAAGUAUUUAACAAGGCAUUUCGUCAUAUAGAACGAUCACUAUUUGUAUAAUUUGGGAAAUGGAUGGAAAAAAUAAAUAGUGGAGUCUAGCAAUAGGGCUGGUAAAUAGGUCACCAACCAGUUCUACGGCUCAAUAAACCCUGCAUGAGCCAUAGAACUGGUUGGUGACCUACUUACCAGCCCUAUAGGAGACAACAAAUUACAACUUUUUGUGCUCUAGAAUUUCUGAUUCUCUCCCCUGGUAGUUUACUCUGUCUCAAAGAGUGACAACCCUCAGUGUAAGCUGUGUUACAGAUGUCACGUGCUAGAUUCCGAAAAAAAGGAUCCAGAAAAAAAUGCUCGGAAAUUUUAAGAGCUAAGAAAAAUAUAACCAAGCUUUGUAUAUUAAAA